AUGAAUGUUGUUAUGUUUUCUCUGCUCUUUGUUGUUAGCUACAUUGCUCCGUUAAUCCUCGCCUUUGACUCCACAGAAAUCAAGUUCCUCGAUUGGCCAAAUGGUAAGAUAAUUUUGAGGUAUAAAUAGUACAGUAUCUUUUCUUUUCUGCUUCCAUCUUUUAUUUUUUUCUGUUACAGUACUCCAAACUCUUGAAAUUCAGAAUAAAUAAUAAAACUAAUGAAGUUUUAAAGUUGUCUCAAUAUACGAAAUAUAUAAUCAAAAACAUAUUAUUGUACUUUAGUAAGGACCUUCCAACAACAAAAACCGGUGGAUGGAUACGAAAUGCCAAUGACACGACUGAGGAAAAGCAGCGGUUUACAGAGAAUUACCCGAAUGGUAAGUGUGAUAUUCGAGUGACGUGUUGUCUAUACUACGAUUGUGUUAUUACAUAAACGUUGUUGGAUAUGACAUGCUUUCAAAGCUUUGAGACUUUAUAGUACUGCAAAGUGUAAACCGUAACAUAUUAUAUAUACAAGACAAGAGUUAAAGUAACUUCAGGAUGUUCUGUCCAAUCCAAUUAUACGAUUCGGGAAACGCUCAGCCUCCAGAACACCAGAUCUGAAGUCGCCUUUGGUUCGAUUCGGCCGAUCUGCCCCAGCCGAAGACACUCAAAUGUGGCUCUACUUGAAUAGGUUCUAA